AUGGCGGCAACUCUGGAUCCGCCUCGCCUGGAAGUUUCAGGAGGGGGUAAUAUCGUCGAGUUCGAUUCCGUUUCCAUCACACCUCCCCAGAGCGCCCACGGCAAGAAGGCUGCGCCUGAAGGGGUUCCCUCGGAGUUGUCAGACCUCGAGCUGGAUUCAAAGUCCACCUCAGUGCCUGGAGAACCUUCGAUCAAGAGGGAGCAAUUAGAAGAAGCAGAGCUUGUCGAAGAUAUUGAACCUGACCAUUACUAUGGCGGUGGGAAAAUUCCCGUCUUCAAGCCAACAAUGGAUCAGUUCCGCGACUUCCAGUCCUUUAUCAAUAAGAUUGAUAAGUAUGGAAUGCAGGCGGGAAUCGUGAAAGUGGUUCCCCCGAAGGAAUGGACCGAAUCACUCUCACCAUUAGAUGAUGCGGUAAAGACAAUCCGUGUGAAGAAUCCAAUCAUGCAGGAGUUUCAUGGGUCGCACGGGACAUACACUCAGGCCAAUAUUGAACGACAGCGCACAUACAAUUUGCCCCAGUGGAAGGGCCUGUGUGAAGAGAGUAGCCAUCAACCGCCCGCUCGCCGUGGAGAGAGACGUCGAAAUCAAGAACGUGUCAAUCGACCAGCUCCCACCCCACGGCCCCAAGCACCUCGCCCCGAGGGUCAGAAGCGUCGACCUGGCCGACCUCCCAAGCGUGGAAAUCAGGUCAAAGUUAAGGACGAGCCUACCGAUGAUGACGCGGAAAAGUCCCGGCUCGAAGGCCCUCCGACACCUGUUUCGCCAGAAUCACUUCCAGUUGAGACCAAAAGCGAGGACUUGAGCGAUGGUGAAUCCCUUCCCGCUGCCAAGCCGAAGGGUAGACAGCCCAAGUCUGUAACAGCACGCCGCAAGAAUAACCGGGGUGAGACUGUUGACCAUGUGGACGAAGAGGCCUUCAAGGAGUUUGAUUAUCGCAUCCACGAUAACGAAGAUUACACCGCGGAGAGAUGUGAGGAGCUAGAGACUGCCUACUGGAAGUCCCUGAUGUUCAACAAUCCGAUGUAUGGCGCAGAUAUGCCAGGCUCACUCUUUGAUGACUCCACCACCUCUUGGAACGUGGCCAAAUUGCCCAACUUGCUUGAUGUUCUUGGACAGAAAGUGCCCGGUGUCAACACGGCAUAUCUGUACUUGGGAAUGUGGAAGGCUACGUUCGCGUGGCACUUGGAAGACGUGGAUCUCUACAGUAUCAACUACAUCCACUUUGGUGCCCCGAAGCAGUGGUACAGCAUCUCACAAGAGGACGCCCCCAAGUUUGAGGCGGCCAUGCGCAGCAUCUGGUCCAGUGAUGCCAAGAAUUACCUACUUGGUCUCCCCAGCUUGCUGAAAUCUCAGUAUGGUAUCACUGUCAACCGACUGGUCCACUACGAAGGAGAGUUUGUCAUAACCUUCCCGUACGGUUAUCACUCCGGGUACAAUAUUGGCUACAAUUGUGCCGAAUCUGUCAACUUUGCAACGGAGCGCUGGUUGGACUACGGUCGUAUCGCCAAAAAGUGCAAUUGUGAAGCCGACAGUGUCUGGAUCGAUGUGGAUGAAAUCGAGCGCAAACUACGCGGCGAGGCCACUCCCGAUUACUACGGGGACUACGAUAGCGAGCUUGAAGGUUUCGAUGGUGCUUCAGAUAUGCUCACGCCUCCACGCAGUGUGCCUGAGAAGUCCUCCACCCGUGGGCGAAAGCGGAAGAAUGCGGGUGACGGGCCGCGAACCAAACGACUUAAACUCCACCUUGAAGGCCCGCGGAAGAUCCCAUGUCUCCUGUGCCCGAACAACCUUGAUUAUGAGGAUCUAUUGCCAACUGAAGAUGGCAAGGGACAUGCUCACCGUCGGUGUGCAUUGUUCAUCGAGGAGACCUCCAUCCUCCGUGAUUCGUCUGGUAACGAGGUAGUCUGUGAUAUCGACAAGAUUCCCAAGGCCCGCCUGGGUCUAAAAUGUCUUUUCUGUCGCGAGGUCCGUGGUGCUUGUUUCCAAUGCAACUUUGGCAAAUGCACACGUGCCUAUCAUGCCACAUGUGCACUUCUGGCGGGCGUUCAGGUCGAGCACGGUGCGAUUGCUGUCAUUGCCGAUGAUGGUCAACAAUACUCACUCCCGAGUGUGGACCUCAAGUGCAAAUUCCACCGUCAAAAGCGACCCGCGGGACUGCUGGUGGAAUCAUCCGAUCUGGAUCGCCGGGUUAUUGAAGCUGCUAGUCGUCUGGCGCAGGGAGAUUUGAUUCAGUUCCAAGCUGACAAGGAGAUUAAUGGCGCCAUUGUGUUAGAGAACCGCCCGGAGGAACGGAGUCUGUUAUUGAAGGUUCUGCCACGAGGAGAUGUCAUUGAGAUGCCUUACCGCUGGAUGCUGGUGGUACGCAAGAGCAACUUCGUGCCCCUCGCACUGGGCAUCCAACCCCUCCCGGCCCACUUAGCGCGGAAGCCCGACUCGAGAAAGGAAUUGGAGGCUGCCGUUCCGGUCGCAGGCAGUGCAUUUGGCGACAGUCGAUCUCCCUAUCAAUGGGCUGAAUUCGAGACGGUGGAUGAAGCUAAAAACCAAUUCGCCCCACCCGUCAGAGUGAACUUGGCUCAAGAAGAGCAGGUGUGGCAUUACCUGGGCACGCAUUCCACCGAGAGUAGGGCACAGUAUACGCACAACCCUAGCGUGCCCGUCCACAACCCGCGGGCCAAUUUCCUGGACAGUGUCAAGUCGCUUGGCGUGGCUGGUGGUGUCAAUGUUCGUGCAUCGAAGAUCCCCCCCCACCGUCCAUUCCAUUAUGCUGCCACCGCUCCUGCCCCUCCUUACCAGCAAAAUCUUUACGCCCAACACCGACCACCGCUGCUGCUGCUACAACAACAACAAAACCAACAUCUCCUCCAGUCAGCCUUGAACGCUGCCAACUUCGUCGCCCCUCACCUACAAUCUUCCUCCUCGUCAUCGCCCCGACCGCCUUCGUCCACCGCCUCCUCCUCCCUGCAGCACCUUGCCCCUCCCCCUGCCCCUGCUGCUGCUACUGGUGCUGCUGCUGCUGGACCUGCGAUGCCGUCGGCCUUUCGAACUCUACCGAAUUCAUCUAUCCGCCAUGCCCCCUACCCCACGGUCGCCAAAUCGCAUGCUCAGCAGCAGCACCACCUCACUUCCACCAAUACCUUUGCCAACGUUCGUGACCUCAUCGCCCGUCGCCGCCUCGCCCAGAUCACCGAACAUGCCAAUGUGUUCGCUGGGUACACGAUCGUCAGCCCGGAAUUGGUGGUAGAAACCCUGUUGGGGCCUAUGGGAUCGAUCCCUCCGCUCAAUGGUCUUGAAAAACUGGAGCUGGCCAUGGCCCAGCAGCGUGUGCAGCCCAGGGCUGCCGAUGGGACCUUGCUGCCGCCGCAGACGCUCAACAUGCGGGCAGAUGAGGUCGCUCGGCUUCUUCAGAUGCUCCGAUUCUCGUUGGUCAGUCACCGAGAGCGAUUGGAUGUCAUCCAAAAGAAGGAGUCGGAAGGGGUGAAGCAGGAAAUUGUCGAUCAAGGAAGUGUUGCCGCGGCGAGGAUGCCGGGUAAAUAUGCGUUCCUGGAUCAGCAACGAGCCAAGGCCCCCAAUGUGUAUCAGUCCCCGUAUAAUAUGCCGUCUGGUCUCUCCGAGUAUGCGAAGACCACGUACGGAUUGAUCCCGUCGCCAGAUGAGCCGCCCAAGUCAUCCCUGGCCAAUGACUUCUUUGCCAGCCUCUCCCAGGCGGAGCAGGAGAAAAUCAUGAAGACGUGCGGGAGCUUUGUGCAACGUGCCAUCGAGCGGUCGACCAGUCAUAGUCGGCAUAGCUCAACGGCGUCGAAUCUGCGAUUGUCAUCGGCCCUUGCACAACAGACGGAAAACCCGACCAUUGACAUAACGACGGUCGACGAUCCCCCGCUCUCCGGUCUGGACAUGCCUCUGCAUGCCGAUUCCCCCUGCUCCAGUUUUGGUCGGUCGCAUAUGCGAUUCCCGUCACCUAAUGACUUCCCCACUCACGGCCCCGACCCCCAACCCGAUCAUCAUGAUCUAUUUGGUGAUCAACAGGCCAAUACUCGGUUCUGGCAGAACGGGCCGUGGGUCGCUGGUGACGGCAACACGCCGAACGAAGAGAAUCGGCCCUUCUUCGGGCCGCAUCUCUUCGGGCCUCAUGAGCGACUCAAGCACGACUAUGCUUCCUCUGAUAUCUCCUUGGGCAAAGGGCCCGGCUCCCUACAUUCAGUCGACAUGGCCGGGUUUGGUCCCGAUGCGGCCGACGAUCUCCUGACGGGAGGGCUCAGUCCCUGA